AAUGGUCGAGUGACCCAGCGUUUGCGUUUUGGCAUUACCUUACCUGUUGUCAGUUUUAAUUUGUAUCAGUUUCGUCGUAUAUACGAGCACGCUAACUCCAUUUUAAAGAACAACAACAACAACGUCAAUGUUUUGGACAAACACGUGGGGUUGUACUGUGCAUGCAUGUAGUCAACUAUGAAUAAGCUUUAACCUCGCUUACUCGUGGUCCUAAGUCAUUGUAGUGAUAGAAAUUUAAUUUAAUUAGAAACAAGAAAAACAAGAUGUCAAUGAUAGAAUCCCUGGAAAAGACGGCAUAUGAGUUGAAUCGUUGGGAGUCACGGAAGAAUGAAGCUACCACCGCUGAGUUGACAGAAAUCCUAUCCAGCAUUGCUGAACAGGUGGAGUUAGCAACAGAGGAAUUCAUCAGAUUGGACCCAGAUCCAUUUGAUGACAGGCAUCCAAGCUAUGCAGCACCAUCCUGUUCACUGGGGCAUGUGCUGGAGCUCAUUGUUGAUCAGGGAUAUUUCCUGAAAUAUUUGGUCGAUGAAUAUGUGACAGAAUCAGAAGAGAUAGAAGUCUGCACGGUUGCAUGUAGAUUGCUGAUAGACAUCUUCCCAGCCCUGGAGUCCUGUCCCUUAUUUGCAGAUCUUACAAGUGAUGACCCUUUGGUGAAAAGGCUAUUUGAGUGGGCAGGAUCAUCUGAUGAGCCUAUCAGUUCGUAUGCCAUCGGUGUGUUGGCAGAAGUGAUGGACUGCCAGGACCUUGCCACCUCAUCAAGUGAGGCAAACGGAAAACUGAUUCCCAAACUGCUGGUGCGGCUUCAUGAACUGAAAAAUGCUGACAUGGCAGAACAUAAGAAGGGCAAGUCUCAGCGGCACUUCAGCAUGUUUUCCCGAGAUGGGAAGGCUCAGAAGAGGAGUUUUGAGCACACAGGCAUGGACAAUCAAGAGAGUACAGAUUUAGGUCGAAAACCACACUCGCCUGCCAGAGAUGGAGAUGGACCUAGACCACUCCCAUCAAUACCCUCCUUCAGACUGGCAAAGCAAGCCAGGACUGAAACAAACCAUUUUGGGGAACACAGUAAUAACAGCUGGAAGGAGAUGGAACAGUAUGUAAUUGGGACGUACCCUAUUCAUCCACUGAGCCGCAGCAUGCAGCAGAGGUUAAUCCUCAGUUACUUGACCCCCAUGGCAGAGUAUCAGGAGUUUGUAGGCAUUACAAUGGAGCAUGGUGCUAUAGGACUUAUCUUGCACUAUAUAGACGACGAAAAAACAGAGGACAUUCGCCUUUCGUUUGCUGCUCUCAGAUAUCUGGCGAAUAUGUUAUGUUCCAAAAAAUUUGCCAUGGAAUUCCUGGCCGCCAGGGGUGUCCAGAAGCUGUGUCAGGUUCACUGUCCAUCAGUCGCAGCUACAGGGGUCUCUCUGUGCUUUUUCUACAUCUCUUACUUUGAACAUAUUAUGGAAAAGGUGUGUACCUUCCCAGAGCACGAGCUUCGAAACUUGGUCAGUUAUGCCUUGUGGCUGUUGGAAUGUUCUCACAACUCUAGUCGCUGUCACGCAGCCAUAUUCUUCUACUACUCUCUACCCUUCCGGGUGAUUCUGGACAUAUUUGACCAAUUGGAUGGGUUACGAAGGCUGUUGAAUCAAAUCAGCACCAUAGACAUUCUUCAUUCUGAACCAGACCAAUCAAUGAUGGAAGGGAACCAGUUUGUGAAUCGGCAGUGCAUUCGCAAAGUUUGUGCUGCACUAAAGAAAUACUUUGAGGCACACCUGUUUCAGAAGGUGGAGGAACUCAGGAGGUCUCAGGCCAGAGGGAAUGACAAAAGUCUAGUCACAGAAAGUCCUGCUUAUAAGGCAUACAAUUUGGAUCCUGACGUAAUCCAGGAAAACAUAGAUUUUAUACUAGAGCACCUGCCUCUGAGGUUACAUUGGAAACCUGUCAAUGCCUUCAUUGAGCUGGGUGGGAUGAAACUUUUGUUACAACUGCUGGCAAUAGCAUCACCAUGGACCAGUUACGGUGGCAAAUUGGAGACAAUUCGCUGUUGUUUAGAUGUGCUGGUCGUGUGCACUACAAUUAUAAAGGGUCAGCUCAUGCUUUUGGAGCAGGUUGCUUUGGCAACUGACUUGUAUACACCAUGCAUCAGCAUCAUGGUGGGCUUUGCAGAAGGGAACAUCCUCUCAGACAUUGACAUUCAGAAGUCUUCAUUGAAUGUGAUCAUUAACUGUGUGUGUGGGCCAAUGGAGACACUGGGUGGAGCAGUGGGCCGGUAUAGAGGAGGGGGUUCCCGUAAGGUGGUGACCACAAAGGGGUUUAAUGACAUCCUCCAGAAGAUGUGGGACAGGGUCCGCUAUAAUAAUGGUGUCAUGGUGCUGCUGCAGGUGCUACAAACCAAGGUGCCUAUCACACAUGCUGACCAAAUAAGGACACUGGCCUGUAAAGCACUUGUAGGACUGUCCAGAUCAGAUACUCUUAAACAGAUCAUGAGCAAGCUUCCUUUGUUCACAGAUGACCAGCUUAAAUUAUUAAUGAGAGAACCAGUUUUAGAAGAAAGAGAACACAUCAAGUUUUGUAAAUAUGCAAAUCAGCUUUUGGAGCGAGUCACAGGGAAAGUUCCCAACCCCAUGAUGGAUCAUUCCCUCAGUGAUGUCAGACGGGCUGACAUUGUUGCACAAACCAAUAUCUCCUAUCCAGAAAAGGAACUACUUCAGCUUAUUCACAAUCAUCUUGUGUCCAAGGGUUACAAGGAAUCUGCAGAAAGCUUGCAGCGAGAGGCUAAUCUACCUGAAAAAACUUCAUGUCAGCCCAUGCACCCAGCUCUGCCACACAUCUAUCCCAGCGGUCCAGCACGAACACCACGAAUGUCUCGCCAGUUGAGUCACCCUUGCCCAGUGAUAAACAUCACGGCCCCAAACCGAAGUAGCCAAUCUGUGAUACCGACGACGCCAUUUACACCUGUCACACCCGCGAUGCCAUUUACACCUGUCACACCUGUCACACCCGUCACACCCGUCACACCCGUCACAUCCAUCACUCCUAUAACACCCAUUACUCCCAUGGGGCCUAUCAGGAUGAACCUUUCGUUGAGCAGGAGUAAUUUCUCCCCGGUCGCAACCAUUGACAGGACAAACAUAUCACCAGGUGUGCCAGGUAGAUACAACCAAGACAAAGACUUGCAUCGAAGUUUGGAACCAAAGACAGAUGACAAAUCUGCAUCAAGUGAUGGUGGUUGGGAGAGCAACAUAACCCUGGAUCGAAUUGUGAAAGACUUUUUGCGUAAACAGCAUGCCUUGUGUCCCAAUCCUGUUUCCACAAUUCCGACCAUGUCCAUCUUUGAGCCUCACAGGUGCCCAAUUUCAAGGAAAAAGGGUAAUGGCCCUCGCAACUUUACUUCUAGGUUUUUUAAAAAUCAGAUGAACCAGAGACAAAACAGCGUGAUAGGAUCCCUGCAGGACAGGAAAUUCAUAUACAGCAGGUUCAGAUGCAUGCAUUGCUACCGAGACAGUGAAGACGAGACACUCACCUCUUGCAGCUUCUCUGUGAAUGGGGAAGACGUCAUUGUGGGGAAUUCUGCAGGAAUAGUCAAGUUUUGCAAUGCACGCACAGGAAAGGAACUUUUGAGUGCAAAGUGCCAUCAAGGAGUUGUUGGAAGAACAGAAAUGUCACGGGACGGAAAGUUACUGUUAACAUCAACAGAUUGGGAUGAACCAAUGUCUUGUCUUUGGGCUGUGCAAAAUUGGUUUGAUAAAAGACUGAGUUUUCCAGAGGACAGUCACAUUGAAUUCAGUAAGACCACACUGGACAGACUUGUAGGCACAAAGGAAGAGACAGCACGGAUCUAUGACAUUAACACAGGAGAAUGUAUCCUGACAAUGCACGAUGCAGAUAUGGCCAAUGGGUACACAAACAACAGAGCGACAUUCAGUCCAGAUGAUAAGCUAGUGCUGAAUGAUGGAGUAUUAUGGGAUGUGAACUCUGGAUUGCCCAUUCAUACAUUUGACAAAUUCAAUCCCAACAUAAGUGGUGUCUUUCAGCCUCAUGGACUAGAGAUCAUCAUUAACUCUGAAGUUUGGGAUACACGGAAAUAUCACCUAUUGAGAACAGUUCCUGCCCUGAAUCAGUUUCAAAUUAGUUUCAAUCAAACUGGACACGUUAUAUAUGGUGCAAGACGUUCAGUUGAUGAAAAUGCUGAUACAUCAGUGCAAGAUACUCACUUAGAGUCCACGUUUAGAGUGUUUGAUGCUGUGGACUACUCAAAUAUAGCAACUGUUGAUCUGAAGAAGAGCAUACUGGACAUUAGUGCUGACCCUUUUGACUGUCUUCUGGCAGUGAUUGAGAAUCCAGGAAUUGAUGAUACAGGAGCCACGUUUGAGGCAAAUGUGUGCCGCCUUUUCCAGAUAGGCCAACUGCGGGAUAAUGACGAGGAUGAUGAUGAGGUGGAUGAAGAAGAAGAAGAGCAGCUUGAGGAAGAGGAGGAGGAGGAUGACAGCACCCUCGAGGUGCUAUCUGUCGACAACUCUGGUGAUGAGGAAGAUGAUCGGAGCGGGAAUGAGGACUCGGACAAUGCAGAUGUAGACGUGAGUGAUGCAGAAAAUGAGGAUUUGGACGAUGACAUUCUCUUUGAACUUGCGGACUUCUGAUUAAAAGAUUUUCUCUUUGUUGAAUAAUUGAGUAGAAAAUGCUUAUGCUGUAACAUAUUGCCAGUAUUUAAGAAAAGUUUAGUCAUUUGUCACCUGAUAUUGUACAGUGUUCUCCCACAAAAGAAAGCCUAACUUAUAAGGGUUAGAUGCUAUUGAAGUGCUCUUAAGUUGAUAAAAAAUGUGUUCAUUUUAAACUCACAUUUCCAUAAAAGUUUUUAAGUUGCGUAAAUCAAGUCCCAAAAAAAGAAUACUAACGCCAAAACUGAAGUUGAAAAAAAAGAAUUUUACUGAAAGAGAGGGAGAAAAAGUGAGCAUUAAACACAUAGUUCUCAAAAUUACAUCUAGAGCAGUGUUAAGCUAAGAUAUUAUCCUAACAAGUGUUGAGCUCAAGUUUGUAUACAUGUAAAGCACAACAUUAU